UUUUGAGGUUAGAGAUGAAGUACUCAGUCCAAGUUCUUUUGCCUUUCAUCUUGAUAUUCUCUCUGAGUCUCUUCAUUGGCAAAUUUGGUGUGGCUCAAAAUACAACCAAACCCUUCAAUGUUGGGGUGGUUCUUAAUUUCAAUAAACUGAUUGGGAGAAUUGGGUUGAGCAGCAUCUCCAUGGCUUUGUCUGAUUUCUAUGCCACUCACAGUUUCUACAAAACAAGACUGGUUUUCCACACCAGGGAUUCAAAGAACAGUGUGGUCCGUGCUGCUUCGAUGGCUCUUGAUCUACUAAAGAACAUAGAAGUACAAGCAAUUAUUGGGCCACAAACAUCAUCCCAGGCCGAUUUUGUGAUUGAUCUUGGAGACCAAGCUCAUGUGCCCAUUAUCUCUUUCUCUGCAACGAGUCCUUCUCUGUCUUCAGCUCAAACUCCUUAUUUUGUCAGGGCUUCCCUUAGUGACUCCUCUCAGGUAAAAGCAAUUGCUUCCAUUGUCCAAGCCUUCAGGUGGAAGGAAGUUGUACUGAUAUAUGAGAAUACUAAUUAUGGUAAAGGAAUUGUACCUUAUUUGGUUGAUGCCUUCACCGCAAUUGAGACUCGUGUACCCUAUAGAAGUGUCCUUUCUCCUUCAGCCACCGAUGAUCGAAUUCUUUCGGAGCUCUACAAGUUGAUGACAAUGCAAACUAGAGUAUUUGUUGUUCAUAUGUCAUACUCCCUCGCUGCUCGUUUCUUCGUUAAAACAAAGGAUGUUGGAAUGAUGAAUGAAGGAUAUGCCUGGAUUAUCACAAAUGGGCUAUCUACUCGAUUGAAUUCCAUGGAUCCCCCAGUUGCCCAUUCUAUGCAAGGUGUACUUGGUGUUGCGCCUUAUGUGCCCAUGUCUGAUAAACUUAAGAAUUUUAACAUCAGAUGGACACAGAAAUUCCACAAGGAAAACACUGAUAUGGAAAGAGCUACCCUCAACACUUUUGGACUGUGGGCAUAUGAUACUGUUUGGGCACUAGCACUGGCAGCUGAGAAAGUUGGGGCAGAGAAUACCCAUUUCCAGCACCCACAAGUUGUUGAUGGACUAACAGACCUUUCAACUCUUGGAAUCUCUACAAUAGGUCCUAAACUUCUACAGGCAAUCUUGGAGAGAAAAUUUACAGGCUUAAGUGGAGAAUUUAGCCUUGUUGAUGGACAACUACAAUCAUCGGUAUUCCGAAUACUCAAUGUAAUAGGUGGUGGAGGAAGGGAGAUUGGGUUUUGGACCCCAAGAAAUGGAAUUUUACGUGAACUGAAUGCAGUUGAUACAAAAAUUUAUUCGUCUUUGAAUUCCAAUCUCGGUGAUAUCGUAUGGCCAGGAAAUUCUACUACUGUGCCUAAGGGUUGGGUAAUCCCUACAAAUGGGAAGAAAUUGAAGAUUGGAGUUCCUGUUGGGCAAGAAUUUACUGAAUUUGUGAAGGUAGCAAUAGAUCCUACUACAAAUGCCCCAAUUGUCACUGGGUACUGCAUUGAUGUUUUUAAUGCUGUAAUCGGGGAACUGGCAUAUGCUCUUCCUUAUGAGUUUAUUCCAUUCAUGAAUUCUGAUGGUACAAGUGCCGGGACAUACAAUGAUUUGAUCUACCAAAUAUAUCUCCAAAAAUAUGAUGCAGUGGUUGGUGAUGUAACUAUCAGAGCCAAUCGGUCCAUCUAUGUCGAUUUUACAAUGCCAUUCACAGAGUCAGGGGUAACAAUGAUAGUUCCAAUCAAAGAAGAUCAGAGAAAGAAUCGGUGGGUUUUCUUGAAGCCUUUAAAAUGGGAUCUAUGGUUUACUACUCUGGCUUUCUUCAUCUUCACAGGCUUUGUCAUCUGGGUUCUCGAACACAGAGUAAACAAUGAUUUUAGGGGUUCACCUAUAAAUCAACUUGGAAUGAUCUUCUGGUUUGUCUUCUCAACAAUGGUUUUUGCACAUAAAGAGGUCUUCAGCAACUUGGCGAGGUUCGUUGUUAUCAUAUGGGUUUUUGUUGUGCUCAUCCUCACAUCAAGUUACACAGCAAGCCUAACUUCCAUGCUGACAGUUCAACAGCUUCAACCUACUGUCACAGAUGUAAAAGAGCUCAUAAGAAAUGGGGCUUAUGUGGGGUACAAACAAGAUUCAUUUGUGUUUGAGAUGCUAAAGCAAAUGAGAUUUAAUGAGUCCAAGAUUAGAACCUAUGCAAGUUUAGAAGAACUGGAUGAAGCUUUAUCUAAAGGGAGUGAUAAUGGUGGUAUUGCUGCUGCUUUUGAUGAGAUCCCUUACAUGAAACUCUUUCUUUCAAAAUACUGUGACAAGUACACAAUGGUUGGACCUACAUAUAAGGCAGAUGGAUUCGGCUUCGCUUUUCCAAAAGGUUCUCCACUGGCAUCUGAUGUUUCGAGGGCAGUAUUAAAUGUAACUGAAGGAGUAAAAAUGUCACGGAUUGAGCAAGCAUGGUUUGGGCAGCACAAUUGUCCAGACCUUAGUACCAAGGUUUCUUCAUCUAGUCUUACACUAGAUAGUUUUGGGGGAUUGUUCAUCAUCACUGGAGCUGCUUCACUGCUAGCCCUCUUCAUAUUCUUACUUAUUUUCUUUCGUAACUAUGAGAACAUCAUCAGACGUGAUGAUCCUAACACUUUUAAACUCAAAAGAAUUGUUGAGAUGGCAAAAAAAUAUGAUGAGAUGGAUCCUUCCUCUCAUGACUCUAGAGUAACUAAAAAUCACAAAAAAAAUACUGGAAUUGCAUCAAGCAUUGAAGCUUCACCCAUAUCUAUUGCACUAAGUCCACCUACAAGUCCCUCCGUUACAGACAGGUAUUGCAAUCCUUUUGGAGAAGAAGACCAAGAGCGGGCAUCAACCAGUUCCUCUGGUAUGGAUGGAAAUGUCACACCCUUGGAAGGUGAAGGGAGUCCAUUUAGUACGCACCCGAAUGUAGAUAAGAGAUCUCUACCAGACAGACUUGACUCCAAGGUUUCAGCUGUUGAGGAAGCUAAGGAUCUGGAAGUACUUAGCUUAGAUGAGCUACAUGGGAUCUUUACAGCUUAUGAGAUGAGAAAAGCUAAAUGUCCCCACAAGGGGCAAAUGGAGAGUGAUGAUGAAGUAGAAAAGAAAAUAAGUUUCAAGGGAAAGAAGAAGAAGUUUUUCUUCAAGUCAUCCAAGAAAAAUCAAUUCAAUAAAAGAAGUUUCAUUUCUAAGAAGAGCAAUGACACAUCUAAGGAAGAAUCUGAAGAUGAAUCAGAUGAUGAUGUAGAUGAUCAUGCCAUUUUUAUGGUGUUUGAAGAAAAAGAGGUUGAAUCACCAAAAACAUGCACAACUUCUGAAGAUGAAGAAGAAGGAGAACAAGCAGAUGAAUCAAAAAAAAUUCUAGAAGAUCUUGAAGAGAAGUUAUCACAGAAAACUACAGAAUGCACAAAGCUUGAGUUAGAAAUUCUAUCUCUAAAGGCUAAAUUGGAAGAAGAGACCAAUAUCCUAGUUGAAUAUUCUGAUUUCCAGAAGGAGAUUGAUGCUCUCAAGGCAAAGGUAGCAGAGUUUGAGAAUGACUCAAGUAUACAUGACAUAGAAACAUCUUCACAAGUGCAUCCUAGUAGCAAGAAGCUUGAUGAGAUCCUUAGUUCUCAAAGAUCAACUCACAAUAAAUUCGGUCUUGGAUUUGUAGGAGAAUCAUCAAAGAGUGCCAAGGGAAAAGGAAAAGGCACAGCACAGAAUCCUAUUACUGUGAAAGAUAAGAGAGUUGAGAAAAACCAAACUCCACCCCAUAAGAUUAACCAUGCUAGACAACAACAAAUGGCAUGGCCCGACAGGAGAGUAGAGAACUUUGAUUAUUACUAUCUUUCUCAACAGAAAGCUAAAAAUGUUGUUGAUCACAGGGCUCAGCACAAAUGGAAUCCUUUUGCACCCUUGAUGGAUGUGAUGGUUGAGUGCUACAGAUGUAGCAAUUAUGGACAUAUUGCCAGGGACUGCAAAACAGUAUUUCCUCCACAGAGACCACACAACAUAGAUAGACAGGGUAAUGUCAGAAGUGUUAAAGCAACCAAGCCUAAGAGACAAAUUCCUAGAGAGAAGCAAUUACAGAAACCUCAAUCAAGACACAGAGUUUGGGUUCAGAAGAGCAGUCCAGAAAAGGGCAACAGUUCUAUGGUUGUACAAACAGCUUUCCGAACUCAAGGGGACUCAACACCAUGGAUUCUUGAUAGUGGCUGCUCAAGUCAUAUGAUAGGAGAUAAGAAGAGGUUUGAGAAGUUAGAGACCUAUGCAGGUGGGUCAGUGAAGUUUGGGAACAAUGAUGGUGCCAAAAUAGUUGGAAAGGGUACCAUUAGUCUCAACAAUGAGAAGAUGCAAUCCCAGGAUGUCUUGUAUGUGGAAGGGCUUAAACACAACUUACUCAGUAUCAGUCAAAUUUGUGAUAGGGGACAUGAAGUGGUGUUUAAUAGCCAAGGUUGUGAAAUUAGAAGAACAAGCACAGGGAAGUUGAUGGCUACUGGAAAGAGAACUUCAGGGAAUCUUUACACUUUGACAGAGACAGUUAAAGACACGUGUAUGGUAAGCAUGGAAGAAGAGACAUGGUUAUGGCACAGGAGGCUUGGACAUAUUAGGUUUAAUAGUCUUGGAAAAAUUUCUUCAAAGCCAUCAAACCAUAUUUGUGGUUCUUGUUAG